AGUCUAUCGUGUUACAUCGUCGGUGUAACUUGCGUGUUGGGUAAGUUUUACCGUGUAAAUAAAUGCAGUAAAGUGCAUUCAAAAUUUUUCGAUUUUGGGUGUUAUUUAGUUUGUGACACACACCUCUUAUGGAUUAAAGUGUUUGUUCAAUGACGAAAAGCGAAUGAAGUUUUAAGUAGAUAAACGAUUAGACACCGACGAAACAUGAGAAGCUGACCAAGGAGAUACACCACUCCUCCCCGACGUAACCAUUUCCCCAAAAAAUUCGGACUCCACGUGUUUCUCCAGUAAACUGUUUUCUUCGUGUACAUACAAACUGUCUUGUCCCUUCGAUUAUUUUAGUGCAAACCCUAGUGCUCGUAGUGUCAGUUAAUAAAGUAGAUGUGAUUCAUUUUAAAAAUAUAUUUAUUAGGUAAAUUAGAGAGUUUAAAUAAAGACUGUCAAUUUCUACACAUUAUACCGAAUACGAUUUUAUAUAAGUAAUCGAUCGUUACCGAUUUGACGUUUUUCGUUCGUGUUCUCGAACUAGCUUAUAGCAAGUAUUUUAAGCCGUCUACGCUAUACCAGGCUGGAUUUAAUUCAUAAGAACUGUACUGGAUAAUUUGAAGACUGUUUAAAUAUUGUGAUAGAAUGUCGCGGCAACCGUCGUCUACGCCGCGUCCCUAACCCCUUUCUAUGACCACCAUCUUAGACAUCCUCUUCCCUCCCACUUACGUACGCAGCAUGGACAUCAAACACGAGAUGAUCUACCGAGACGAUGACGUGUUGCUCGUUAAAUCCGAGCCUCAGCUCUAUUCUCCCACUACCGCUAACGGUGCCACUAUUUCUGUAGGAAACCUUUUAUCGGCUGCUAAUAAUGGCCGGAUGGCUACUUCAAGUAAUGGGCUCUUAGUGUCGAGUAAUGGAGCAGGUGCGUUUAGCGCGUUCGCGACCGCAGCUCAGGCUGCGCAGCCUGUGAAUAAACGGCCGGUUACGCGCACAGAUGACUUUUUGGGUUCGCCUAGUCCGGGAACUAUGAGUGGUAAUACUGCGCCACCACUGACACCUUCUCCCGGGCCACCAACUCAAGCAUAUACGGUUAUUAGUAAUGGAUACCCUUCACCUAUGUCGUCUGGAAGUUAUGAUCCUUACAGUCCUAAUGGAAAAAUAGGCCGUGAAGAUCUUUCUCCACCAAACAGUCUAAACGGAUACAGUGCUGAUAGUUGUGAUUCCAAAAAGAAGAAAGGACCAACACCGAGACAACAAGAAGAAUUGUGUCUGGUAUGUGGCGAUAGAGCAUCAGGGUAUCAUUACAAUGCACUUACCUGCGAAGGAUGUAAAGGUUUCUUUAGGAGAAGUAUUACUAAAAAUGCGGUAUAUCAAUGCAAAUAUGGCAACCACUGUGAGAUUGAUAUGUACAUGAGGCGGAAAUGUCAGGAAUGUCGUCUGAAGAAAUGUUUGAGUGUUGGAAUGCGACCAGAAUGCGUGGUACCCGAAGUACAAUGUGCAGUAAAGCGAAAAGAAAAGAAGGCUCAAAAGGAGAAGGACAAACCGAACAGUACUACAAAUGGAUCUCCAGAAAUGAUCAAAAUGGAACCAGAGAUCCUCUUAUUUCAGCUCUCGGAUUCGGAAAAAGGAGGCACACCGAAUGGAUUCGUCAAAGCGAUUUCUCCCGAACAAGAGGAACUCAUACAUCGACUCGUGUACUUCCAAAACGAAUACGAACACCCGUCAGAAGAAGACGUCAAACGAAUUGUGAAUGCACCAAUGGAAGGAGAAGACCAGUGUGAUGUUCGGUUUAGACAUAUAACAGAAAUUACGAUAUUGACUGUACAACUUAUAGUAGAAUUUGCUAAAAGGUUACCAGGGUUCGAUAAGCUUUUACGGGAAGACCAGAUAUCACUGUUGAAGGCUUGUUCAAGUGAAGUAAUGAUGUUCAGGAUGGCAAGGCGAUAUGAUUACCAGACCGAUUCCAUUUUAUUCGUCAACAAUCAACCUUAUUCCAGAGACAGUUAUAACCUCGCUGGCAUGGGAGAAACUAUUGAAGAUCUGUUACAUUUUUGUAGGACCAUGUACUCCAUGCAAGUCGAUAAUGCUGAGUACGCGCUGCUCACAGCCAUCGUCAUAUUUUCUGAACGACCAGAUCUAAUUGAAGGCUGGAAAGUGGAGAAAAUCCAGGAAAUAUACCUAGAAGCCCUUCGGGCAUACGUAGACAACAGGAGAAAGCCAAAACCAGGCACGGUAUUCGCGAAACUCUUAUCAGUGUUGACAGAGCUGAGGACUUUGGGAAACCAAAACUCGAAAAUGUGCUUCAGCUUGAAACUAAAAAACAAAAAGUUACCCCCGUUCUUAGCAGAAAUUUGGGACGUCGACCUGAAGACAUAGUCUACAUGACCCCCCCGGAUACCCCGGAAAGGGUGGUGCUACGAAGGUACAACUGUUCGAUUGUUAUUAAAUAUCGUUGUAUAUAGAAGCAAAAAAAGGACAGAGAAAAUCAGACAGUAUGACGUUAGCACCACCAAGCUGGCUGUGAACAAUAUUAUAUUACUCUUUUUUUAUAAACUAACACGACGGCACCUAUAGAAGAAAUAUAAAAAACAUUUGUUAGGAUGACGUAGUUCGACUUAUUCAUAUUAAGAAUCAAACUAUACGUAGAUUUUUUAAGCCUCUAUGAAAAACUUUUAUAUAAGAACCUUUCUUGGCGAUAUGCUUACUUAAUUGGUAAGACUGGACAGGACUGAACUAAAAAACCAUUCAAGGUGCCUUUCCGCUUAAAAACGGAUUUAAAAAGUCUGAGGGCUGGUGCAAAAGAAACGAAAAAUUAAACAAUGAAGAAGAAAAGAAAGAUGAAAAACGUAAAAUGUCCAAAUCGUGCAAUUUAACCGUUUUAUUCUUGGAUAUAAAGCACCGUAUUUUGGCAAUGGGGCGGAAUUACUUCAAGGGGAAGAUUCAAAUAACUUAAAAGAAAAAAGAAAAUCAGCAGCCGUCCGAAGAAAAAAUAUAUGAAAGUGAAGUGAUUUCAGACGUAGCGACUUGAACUGUGCUAUUUUCGACGUGUGCCAUCUCAAAUUUUUAGAUGAGGCACUGUACUACACGUGCGCAUUGAGUAUAAGAAUAACAUAACCUCUUUAUAAUAGACUAUCCUGCCUUGAAAAACUAUUGAUGUUUAAACUGAAUGUGUAGUUAAUAGUCUACUCAUUUUUUAUACGAUAUAGUUUUCGCCAUUAGACAUUUCUGCAGCUAGAUAAGAAGAAAAACGAACAGAACACUAAAAAUUGAGAUUUUAACACUUAAUACUGUAAUUAGUAAAAAAUCUUCUUACAAUAUUUUAUAGAUGAUGUGUUCACAACAGGUCUAAAACCUUGUACUAAACAUUUUAAACCAAUUAGUAGUGUGCUCUUUCCAGUAAUAGUAGGAACCACUUCUAAGAUCAUUUCAAUCAUUUCUUUGCCAAUAUUAAGAAAUAUUAUGGAAAAAUCGAUAUUUUAUAAUUAUUUUAUAAAUUUCUUUAUUUAUUGUGUUAUCAAAUGUUGAUAACUAUACUUUUUACACUUUGUUAAGAGAAAGCACAACAAAUAAGAUCAGUGAUGUUUGUGUGGAACUGUUCUCCAAAAAUGUUUGACUAUGAAUUUCUCCUCCUUCAGAGACAUAAGUAUAGAGGUAUCGAAAAAACGUGAUUAUAGUAGUGUAUGUAUUAAAUAUGAUGCUGUUUGGGAUUUUAGCCACUUUUGGAGAAUAAUAUACAGGGUGUUAGUAAAUAAGUAUGAAAAAUUUUAAGGGCUAAUUCGACAUGAAAAAUAAUGUCGGUUGGCUCUAUAAACAUAUGUCUCCAAUGCUUCGUAUCCGAGAUACGGGGUGUUAAAAUUUUUAUUUCAAACUGCCAAUUUAUUUAUUGUUCUAAGACCAGUUGAGCUAUGAAAAUGAAAUUUGGUGAGAUUUAGAAGGUACUUAUUUCGCAUUUUUUGACAUACAAUUAAGAAUUUUGUAUUCAUCAUUGGCGCGCCUACGGGUAAUGGCCUGAAUUUUUUUAAAGAAAAAAAUAGUACGCCACUGAGAUAUUUCGAAUUAAAAAUUAUUUUUAAAUUCCACGUCUAAUUUGUGAUAAAAAACCUUUCAUGUCUUUUUUUCAUAUGGUGCACCGUUUUUAUGCAGAAAAAUAAAACAUCUUGCCGCGUAUUUUUCGUUUUUUAAUACAUUAUCAAGAAAUAUCCAAUAUAACAAUACUAAACUGGAACAAUAACAGAAAAUAUUACUAAUAAGAUUUUAACUAGGUGCAGAGCUGCAAGAAAUGUUAAAAAUGACCUCCUUUAGAGGUUACAGAAGAAUUUUAUAUUCAUCAUUGGCCCACGUACGGGUAAUGGUUUGAAUUUUUUUAAGAGAAAAAUAGUAGGCCACUGAGAUAUGUCAAAUUAAAAAUCAUUUUUGAAUUUCUGGUUUAAUUUACGACAAAAAAUCUUUCUUGCCUUUUUUUCAUAUGCGGCGCCGUUUUUAUGCAAAAAAAUAAAACAUCUUAACGUUUAUAAAGUAUUUGAACUAAGUUUCUAUGCAAAUGGAAACUACCUCAAAUACUUUGUAAGCGUUAAGAUAUUUUAUUUUUUUGUAUAAAAACGGCGCCUUGUAUGAAAAAAAGGCAAGAAAGCUUUUUUGUCGUAAAUUGAACGAGGAAUUCAAAAAUGAUUUUUAGUUUGACAUAUCUCAGUGGCGUACUAUUUUUUUCUUAAAAAAAUUCAGAACAUUACCCGUGCACGCCAAUGAUGAAUAUAAAAUUCUUCUGUUACCUCUGUAAAGGAGAUCAUUUUAAACAUUUCUUGCAGCUUUGCACCUAGUUUAAAUCUUAUUAGUAAUAUUUUCUGUUAUUGUUCUAGUUUAGUAAAUAAUAUUAUAUUGGAUAGUUCUUGAUAAUGUAUUAAGAAAUGAAAAAUACGCGCCAAGAUGUUUAAUUUUCUGCAUAAAAACGGUGCACCAUAAGAAAAAAAAGGCAAGAGCGGUUUUUUAUUAAAAAUUAAACGUGGAAUUUAAAAAUAAUUUUUAUUUUGAAAUAUCUCAGUGGCGUACUAUUUUUUUCUUUAAAAAAAUUCAGACUUACCCGUAUGCGCGCCUAUGAUGAAUACAAAAUUCUUAAUUGUAUGUCAAAACAUGCGCAAUAACUACCUCCUAAAACUCACCAAAUUUCAUUUUCAUAGCUCAACUGGUCUUAGAGCAAUAAAUAAAUUGUCAGUUUGAAAUAAUAAUUUCAACACCCCGUAUCUCGGAAACGAAGCACUUGCGGACAUAUGUUUAUAGAGCAAACCGGCAUUUAUUUUUCAUGUAGAAUUAGCCCUUAAAAUUUUUCAUACUUAUUUACUAACACUCUGUAAAUAAAUAACCUAACUUGUUUACAAUUUCCUUAAUAAAAUUUUGAACAAUAUAAGUACAUAUGUUUACAAGCAACCCUUAUGGUUUGUGAAAUGACUGCAUUUCGAAAUAGCCUUAUUUAAAUAUAAAUUCCAAAACUACUCUCCUCUAAUUUCAAUUUUCUGAGUACUCGGUAUUUGAGUAUUUUAUUUCUUUGAAUCAUACCUUCAAUGUUGGAGAUUAACAUUAUAUAUUAUUUGAUCUGUUGACUUAAUUUUCUUACUUUCUUUACUUUAUCGUGUCCGGACAUGUCAUUCAUAGAAUUUUGGCCCACUAUCGGGAACGUCGGUUCCAUCUUUGUUGGCGAGCCACAAAUCUUCUAGGGUACACUGAUGAGGACAGUUUCUGCUUGUAAAAAAAUGUUCCAUAUUUUGUGUUUUUCUACAGUCACAGUUCACAUCAUCUUGGUCUAUUUUCCCUCAUUUUACCAUGUUUGAUUUUACUGGAGCAACUCCCGUUCUUAUCCUAUUCAUAGUUGUUUUUCACGUUUUAAACUCUAGAGGUCCAUUGAACCUGUGGAAGAGAAACAUACUCAGGCGGUUCAUCCUGCACUGUUCCAACGAAGCUUUUCCUGGAUUUUAGUCGCUUUCGUGGUGUUCGAGCUUUGUAUAGAGCGAGGUAUAUCCGCGAUCUGUAGAAUUUUCUCGAUGUGUUCUGCAACGCCUCUGCGUGUUGAGAGUUCUGCAAAACCAGCUGUUUUAUAUAGAUUUGAGAGUGGUUUCAUCCACCCCGUUCCUAUCCUGCAUGCCUCAUUUAGCGCAGUAUCAACUUGUUUAUGUUUGGUGUGGGCAGAUCUGCCCCAAGAGAGUUUAUUUUUAAUUUACCCUAAACUAUCUUGAAACUAUUUUAAAAUUAGACUACACUACUAGAGAGCACUAAUUAUCCUAGUCGUUUAAUCUGUAGUACAAGUGUUUUUAUUGCCUGUUUGUGGUAGUUUUUGUGUUCUGUUGGUUUGCGCCAAGCAUUACAUUUAAAUAACGUGCAUAUAAACAUAUUUUUCAUCGAUGUAGAUAAACAUAUUUUCAUAAAAAAAUGAGACAGAAGUAUUUUGUUUAGACACACAUAAUUUCAGCGCCAUCUAUUGCCUUAAAAGUCCAAGUUAACGUUUGAGUCAACCCAUAUAUUUAUUAUAAUUGAUUUUUGUAUUUAUUAUUUGUAUAAUUAUGUUUUUAAUUCAAUUUAUUUAUCGUUAUUCAUUUUCAAAUUCAUUUUAUUUUUAUUGUAUUCUUGUUCGUGAAGCAAAAGUAUUUUUUGUAUAAAAAUUGAUGUGUUUAUGUUUGCAAUUGAAAAUUAUAAUGUACUUAUGCUAUCUUCAUCAAUAUUUCUAAAAGAUUCUUUGUGCAAAAGUGAACAUUUUAUAUUUAAAUAUAAAUAAAGAUUGUGACAUUAGAGGAAUAUGCUGGACAUAAUACUCUCAUUAUGAAUUUAAUAUAGAAUAACUUUUUUUACUAAAUUCAAUACUGGAACGUAUCGGUUUUGUAGAUAGCCUUUGGACUUUGCUGUAGACAAUAGGGCUAUUCAUCGGCGCCAUUUUUCUCGCACUCUUGACAUAUAUACAAUGAUGUAUGACGUAUAUAUAUUGUACGUCAUAUGUCAAGAAAAAUGGCGGCGUUGAAUAGCCCUAUUGACAGCUGACUAAUUCCGUGACGUUAUGGCAGCUCACAUUUGUCUAUUACAUUUUAGAUCGUAAUCUUCAAAUGCUACAAAUUUCACGGAAAGUGAGUAUUGUAAUGAAGAUCUUUAUAAUGUAUAUACCGAUUUUAGAAUAUGGUAAGAUGGCACAAAAAAGCAAAAUAUAUUUCAAUUUCAAGUAAUGACAUUAAAUAUUAAAAAAAAUUGCAAUAAUUGUCAUUCCUAAGGUUGAGCUCAUGAACAAGUAUAUAUUGUUAAUGAUUAAUAUAAUUAGGAAUCUUCUUUAAACUGGACUUAAAAAAAGCACAUAUUUGUUUACUCAGGAGUCAACCUUAUACCUUAUGUUAUCAGGUAAAAAUGAUAUGGGCAAUAUUUAUGUAUUGUAUAGGAAGAGUUGCCAGUAAUUUUACAUAUAAAAAGUCUAGAUUAUGAUGUGAUUCUAAUAAUAUUUGGAUGGCCUUUCCAUUGUAGAAAGUUGUUGGUUUAAAAAUUGUUCAAGAAGUAAAUAUUUUAUUUAUUGUCGCGAAGAGAGAUGUCUGCAGAGUUUUAUAUUAGAUAGAGAUUCACCAUGUAUUAAACUUUACCCAGUAAGUGUACAAAAUAAUUAAUGGUACAAAGACUUCAGGAAAAAGUUGUUAUGUCACUCAGCAGUCGGUUGACUCCUUUAGACUAUAGUUUCGAAUCGCAUCAUCUUUCAACAAUUAUUAUACAUUUCUUUUGAAAAUAAAUAAAAAAAGUAAGUAAAAUAUAAGAUAUUGUAAUGUUCUUAGUUGGGAAAGGAAGAUCUUUGGGCUUGAUGAAGCAGCAGGACAAUAUAUGAUGAGAAUUAACAAAGAGCUUGAAGAACUAUACCCAGACACCAGCACAUCCAGAGAACACCUCGGAAACAUUCUGAUGAAAGAACAGAGACCACGUGGACGUCCUCGACUCAGGUGGCGAGAUAAUAUAGUAGAAGACCUGAAAGCUAUGGGCGUGGAGAACUGGAUGGAGAUUGUUCAAGAAAGAGAAGAGUGGUGGCAUGUUGUCGACUCGGUUAAAACCCACGAAGGGUUGUAACACCACAUAGUAAGUAAAGUGUUCUUAGUCCAUGAUUCUCGGGUCCAGGAAGAAGAAGGACAACCUGAGAACCUGGUUCAACACAACAUCUGUGCAGAUUUUCCGCGCUGCUGCAGAUAAAAUAAAGAUUGUCAUGAAAAUUGCUAACGUUCGUCACGGAUAUGCACAUCAAGAAGAAGAAGAGUCCAUAAUUAUAAUUGCCAAACGACAUUGACUGAUAAUACAGUAGCCUUGGCUGUUCAUAAACCACCAUUUGAACUAUGUGAUAAACUUGAAUGUAGCUCCGAUGAUGGUAGAGCCACGAAAUAAUCAUUAGUAAACCAUUUGAAUGGCUUCAAGAGCAGCCAAAUCAGCACAUAGAGUAAAUAAAAGAGAUUGGUCAUCAAAUAUCAUGUGAACUAUCACUGACAAUUCGUUUCACAUGCCUAUCAAUAACUUAUACAAUGCGCAUCUAAAGUUUCUCUCUCCUUCACUCCAACUGGUAGUAUAUACACACACCAUUUUCAUUAAGUUUAUAUGAAUGGAGUUAUUAUUGACAGAGAUCAAUAAAUAAACAAAUGAAUUAUAGGAGCAGUCCAAACUUUUUUUACACAGCCAUCACUGAAUAUUGAACCUUCACCAUUUUAGUAACAAUCACGGUCAAAGCGGUGAAACAGAAUCACAAAAUUCGAGGAAAGUAUUUUGUGAUAAUUACAAGAACUUAAAAAAAAAUUACUUAUAAAACUCCAUUGAAUAUAAUUUAAAAAAAUGCGCUUCUGCACAUUUUAAAUUCUUCACUAAAAUAUAAAUCAGUAUACAACAUUUAUCAUUUUGUGUUACUGUUUAGAAAAUUGGGGACAGGGGUGGACUUUAGACGUCUAUUUUAUAGUUAUUGUGCGAUACUUGCUGAAGUGAACCAAUUUUAAUUAAAUAAAUAAAUAAAUAAACAAUUAUGAAUAUUCAGAUGAUAUGUGGAAAGGAUGAUUAAGAAAAACUGCUUGCGAUCGUCAUUAGAUCAUUUAAUAACUCAUUACCUCCACAAUAUGCUGAUUCGAACUCAUAUUACCAAAAUAAAUAAAAAACCAACAGACGAAUAUUUUGAAACGAAACAGUAUAGUGCAGAUAAAGAUAUACUGAUUUUGGUUCUUUUACACCUUUUUGCAACUAUAAACUCCCUUCAAAGGUCUCGACAAGGGCCGAUCAAUGCCGCACAUUAUUCUUUAUAAUGCACAAUCAGCAAGUAUCGAAACCCAUGGUGGUUAACAUUGGAGAUAAUGCAAUUUUAAAAGAUUUAAAAUUUAAAGCCAUUAAAUCACUAUAUUAUAUUGAUCUGCAGUAAACUAUACUGCAGUUUAUCUUCUAAUCUGUACGAACAAAUGCAUUUUUUUGACACAAUUGCAAAAUUAAUUUUUGAAAGAUGCUAACAUUCGAUAGUUUGUACUCACUGCCAGCAGUGACUCUGUCUCUCACCCACUCAUGUUUCAUCAUCAUGAUACCUAGUGUUUCACUUGAUGUUAAUUCGUGGGCAUUUUUUCAAAUAACCAAACGGUCAUAAGUUUCGUUCAGCUAUUAAAAUAGUCUGUACAAUGUGUGGUUGGAUUUAAAAACGAUUCUACAAAUUAGAAUGCGAAUAUUUCCAAUUAAAUUUUAGAUUUUCAUUGACGUUAUUUUAAAACAAUCUUUGAGCAAGUGAUAUACUACGCAUAAUAUUGCGUCAUUUUUAAUGUCAGUCUUUGAGCAAUAUUCAUAAACGGUUUAAUGUUUAUAAGGCCGGCCACUCACUAUUAGGUACCCCUGAACUGAACAGUUAGACCUGUCAGUGAGUGGCCUGCCUAAAUGUUUAUUGUCGGUCACAAUACCGCAUCUACAGUUUUUCAUUAAAAUGUUUUCGAAGCACUUAAUAGUGGAUAAGAAUAAUUGAUUUGCAGUAUUUUUGACAGUCACUUGAUGGAAAUUCAUGUUCAAGAACAUAUAUAACACAGUAUUGUUUAUAACUUCCACAACAAACAGUCAGCUUCCCCAGAAAAAUGACCAUUUCAAACUAAUUGUUAAUCUGUUUGUUAAGAAUAGGGCUUUUCAUUCACAGUUAUUUGUUUCGAGCUUCUGUCAUGUGUCACAUAAUAUUAAUAUAUCUACGUCAUACGUUAUUGGUAUAUACCGAUGAUACAAACCAAAGACGUAUGACGUAUAUAUAUUUAUAUUAUGUGACGCAUGACAUAAGCUCGAAAUAAAUGACAAUCGAUGAAAGCCCCAUUAAUGUAGUUCAUUUCAGUUCAUUUCUCUUGUAUUUUUUCUACAUUGACAAAUAAAAAUAUUAAGGUGUCACCUUUGUUGUUUCUAAUGGAAAUUUAGUUUAGAUUAAAAUGGUAAUAAGACCUUAUGUUAGGUCUACAAAUUUUUGUACACAAAAACACUUUCAAAUUGUCAUUUUUGGUAGUAGCCUGAUGUUUCAGCAAAACAUGUAAAGUUGACUAUAUAGGGCUUCUCAUCGAUUGUCAUUUGUUUCGAGCUUAUGUCAUAUGUUGUAUAAUCUGUGUAUAAUAUUAAUAUACACGGAUUAUAGGACAUAUGACAGAAGCUCGAAACAAAUGACUGAAUGAAAAGCCCUAUUCUAAGGAAGUUAAAAACAUCAGAAUUGUUUUUAGGCUAACAAACAAGUUUACUUAAAAAGCUCUCCAGGUAAAAAAGCAAUAGUACAGAUUGUUUGGUUAUUUAUAGAAAUACCCACAUAAAGAUCCAUGCAGUCUAAUAAACAGUUGAAACAAAGACUUUUAUAAGUAAUUAAUAAACUAUAUAACUUAAGUAAAAAAGUCUUUGUGUAAAUAUAUACCCGGCACAAAUUUUUAAUAUCGACAUGGUGAGGUUAUAAAAUCGAGAGAGUUUUAUACAUAUACAAUUAUUCCAUUAUUAUAUAGGUAAGUACAUAAUUAACGAAGCGUUGUGACAUACAAUGAUCUGUUUAAUUUCACAUUACUAGCAACAAUUUUUUCCACUAUUUUUAAAGUACUACGAAAGAAUUUAAACACGUUGUUUUUUAAAUUUGUGGUGACACGCUUUAAUUACUAUUUUUGCUAAUUUUAUUUUUUAAUAAUUUUACUCAAAACGGUCAUAUAAAUUCACAUUUAAUAUACAAACCAGAUGCUAAGAAGUUUUACGAAACGAAAUGUUCCCCUAACCAUAAUGUUUUUGGUGUGUUCAGUUUGACAAACUCAAUUCCCCAUAAAUUAAUUACCUUAUCAGACCUUAUGUCAACGCACUCUGGAAAUGCAUUCGAAGACGUUUCUUAAAACUACAGAAAGGGUCUGAGCUUUUAAAACGCCAGAUGUAGUAAUUUAACGCCUUUCCGGCCAGAUGGUAGAAACACAAACAUAUUAGCGUUUGUGGUUUUUUUAGCCACAGCGUCAGUCGAUACACAACCACGGGUCUAUUUACAACCUCCCGUCGGCAGUCAUGCCCCAGGGGGCGACGGGAUAGACGCGAUGCGUCAACAACACGCCCUUUCGAGAUAUGUAUAAGCAAAACACGUCUUUUUAUCGACACAAAUAAAUAUAUUAUUGUUCAUUGUUUACACUUAUUUUUAAUUGAUUCCGUUAACCCACUCCAUCGGAACAAAUUUAAGGUCGAUAGCAACAGACAAAGCGAUAGCCGCAUUCGAUCCCGCUGCCAUCACCAUAAUCUGUAAAAUUUGCACAUUCAAAGCAAAAUAUGUUCACCGUACUACCAAAAACGUAACCACUUUUUGGUUAAUUGGCACGGGAGCUCCAGUUUUCAUAGUAAAGACGAAGUGUUUCAGAGGUUUACGAGUAUACGAAUGUUGUAUCUGGUGAUUAAAAAGGACUAUGCUCUCAGUAUAAGGGCUAUAUUCAGUGAUAAGUCAGCACGUGGUAGCGCCUGUUUGCAAAACUCUAGUGGCGCCCUCUUUGCUGACGCCUGUGUGCACCUCACACAUUGCACACGUGUACGGCGCGGCCCUGGCUAUAUUUAAGGCGUUAGUUAAGUCGUCUACAUAAGUUUCAACUGGAUAGUAUAGAGUAUAGAAGCUUUUUACAGCUGCAUAAUCUGUUGUGAUUCCCACUACUUUCCAAACCGACUAAUGUAAAUGGAUUUUGUCGAUAAAAUCACAUAGUCACUGGGCUUCAAGUGGAGGAUACAUCUAGGCAGCUGGAAGAAAUGAAGGAAGAAGUAAGUCAUAGGAACUUCUCAGCCUGUAUUCAUAACUAAACGAGGUAGUAGCAACUAUUGUUUCCAUCUACCGUUAACAUAGCGAUACAAAUAUUACAAAUAAACACUUCUUUAAUAUCCCGGAAGAACUAAACAGUGGUCAAUCCAAACAGGUCGAGUUAUUUCUUCUUAUUCUUCUUAUUGUAGUGCCUAUCCGUUUCGGAUGUUGGCAACCAUCAUGGCAAUCUGUACUUUGCACACUGCCGCUCUGAAAAGAUUUGUGGUUGUUGUGUUAAACCAUGUACCUACGUAGAUUUUUCAACCAGGACAUCCUUCGUCUUCCAGACCCCAUUUUCCUUCUACUUUCAGCGACAUCACUGUGAUUUUCACUGACCUUCAUCAGUGAUUUUUGAGUAGUGAUACUUUCAGUGACAACUAGAGACGAUUCUAUCAAUAUCCUUUAAUACCAGAAUAUAAUAUCAUCGAUAUCAUUAUAAAGAUAACAAAUAUGAAAUACGGUAUGCAAUGAGGUUCUCUGGUGGUAGGGUCAUUCUAAGCGAACGGCUCCACGAGCGACAAGUUUACGCCAGCAGUAGCCGUAAAACGAACUCGGGGUUCCGCGGAACGGAAUAGGAAUACCCGAACUGAACCGACUACGCACAAGUCCUGUAGUCGGUUCAGUUCGGCUAUUCCUAUUCCGUUCCGCGGAACCUUAGGCUAAGGCUCCACGGGUGACAAAUUUACGCUAGCAGUAGCCGUAAAACGAACUUAGGUUCCGCGGAACGGAAUAGGAAUAGCCGAACUGAACCGACCACAGGACUUGUGCGUAGUCGGUUCAGUUCGGCUAUUCCUAUUCCGUUCCGCGGAACCUUAAGUUCGUUUUACGGCUACUGCUGGCGUAUACUUGUCGCUCGUGGAGCCGUCCACUAAAUCUACAGAAUCAACUAUUGGACGUUAUGAAUCCGCAACGUUAUAUCAGUCAAGUAAUCGGAAUAUGAGAAUUAUUAAACAGAAAUUCCUGAAUCCGUCGGUAUUAUUCAUUUUAAAAACUCAACUUAAUGUUACACAAAGAUUUUGCCGUAAUUUUUCAGCAAAAUAAAUACUAGUAAAAAUAGAAAUUUUUUUCUGCUUGUUUGUGAAAUUAAAUGGGUCAACAAAGUAAAAAUACUUGUUUUUAUAACGCACCUUGUACAUUUGACACUGCCAAAUUUUUUGGACUGCCAUCGUGCUAACUGUAGUUUUUCAUAAAUGUUUGUCUGUCAUAGAAUUAAGAAUAAAAAGACUGCAUGGAUUAUUAAGGUUUAAAAGGAAAUAAUUUUUAAAAAGGACUGUACUGUUAAUCAUAUACGUGUUUGAAAAAUUUUUCUUGAUAAGCUAAACGACGUUAAUGAACAAGUUAAGUAUCGUUGCCAGAUUUUUUGCAGAGUAGGGAUUGCAGUUAAACAAGAGAUACAUUUAAAAGAGUUAUGGAAUAAGGUUCUCGUGAGAGUUAUGUUUAAUGUGUCUAAUUUUAAUUUAAGCUUCAUUCAAAAAAUUUUUUUUGUUUAAUUAUAAGCAACAAAAACAUUAUCUUUUUAUUUAUUUGAAAUAUCUCCCAUUAUUUAGUUCAUCCAGUAAUGUUAUUCGGUCAUGUGGUCAAACAGAUGCGUUUCUAAGUUUUCUAUGGCUGUCGUGUGGUUUGAACCAUGAACCUCUUACUGCUCACUUCAGAGCGAGUCUGUCAGUCUAUUAAACCGACACACGUGAUAUUUACGUGAUAUUUUCUUACGGCCGGUUUCACAAAGUAAAGUUAACUUCUGGUUAAGAGAUAACCUCAUAAUUACCCCAAAAUAUGCGUUUUAGUUUCAUAAUUGUUACCCUUCUGGGUAUACACAUAAGGGUAACCCACUCCAACCUCUGGUUAAAAAUUCUGCGAGUUAACCAUACUUCGCUAGUUUUUGGGGUAACCUGUGGUUAUCUCUUAACCACAAGUUAACUUUACUUUGUGAAACCGGCCGUUAUAGUUAUUUUCUGACUAGAUGCCAACAAGAGAGCUUGUGAUAAAAUAUAGAAAAAAAAACGGUAGGGGCAUUCUUAAAGAGAACAUACAGCUUACAAAUAUAUAAACAAAACAGGAACUACUAUUGCAAAUAUAGUUGAUGAAUACUACAUAUCGAAACAGAUAAAAUAUAACACUACAUAAGUAGUCUUUAAAAAAGGAGGACAAAUAAGAGAGGUACGUUAAAGAAUAGUGCAUAGCAAAUCAAAAAUUUAGCAUAUUGAGCUAAAGAAGAAAAUUGUAGCAAAAAAACUUACAUCGAAACCAAUGUCACAAAAAAAGAGGGAAGUAACGAAAAAUAAUGUCGAGAAAUUGUCAAAUGCGGUAAAAGAAAUAGUUAACAACGCUAUAAGUUUUAUAGCGUCUUAGCACCUUCAAUUAGAGAGAUCAACGAAUCUCCUUGGGUUUUAUGUCUUUGGGUUUUAUUCUGCUAAGAUUGAAGUAUUUCUCUGACUAGCGUGUGGCUCAAGCUAUGAUCCUAGUAAACUAUACAAUUCUUAAUGAGUCUACCAGUCUGCUAAGCCAUCGAGCCCACUGACCAUUUGUAAACAUUUUUAAAAAUGCCCAGACUGUAGGCAAAAUGUAUGAAGAUGAAAAAUGGUUAGUGGAUACUUCUGAGUAAAAAGUAUUUAUUUUCAUAACUUAAAAAUUGAAACUUCAAAAUCAACGUAUUAUCAAUUCAAAUUGUGUUUAAUUUCUAUUUAAUAUAAUAAAUAAUACAGAAAUGCCACAAGAACAUAGUUUUGUAAUCAUAUUAAUUCAGAAAUGAACAGUAGAAAUUUUUUUCUGUCUUCUUUAUUUUAGUUGAAUUGAAUGUUUCAUUUUAACCCUUUCGUUCAUUAAUACAGCUGCUUUUUUAGUGAUUACGUCGUCUAUCUUCAACGAUUCCCAUCUUCUUCCUUCACCUCCCUCUUCCUUCUGUUAAUAUGUGUUAAUUUCACUCUUUUUUUUAAUCUAGUUGAUAUUUUCCACAACCUUACAUGCCUAGGAAUACCUUUCCAGAUAUUCUACGAAGUAUCUUUAUUUCUGUUGUUUAAUUUAUUCUUUUAACUUUUAAUUUUUCUGGUCUAAUUUUUGUAUUAUGUCAUGAUAGGCGUUUUAGUUGUCUUGUAGAUUCUCCAUUUGGUCUCAAAAUUGUUAUUUUUUGUUCCUGUACUACCGCCGCAUCAUCGUCAAAACUUGAUAAUUGGGUUUCUAACUAUUUGGGUUUCGUUUUUUUGCUUGAUAAUUACUCCAUCUAUUUCAAGCGUGCAUCUCAGAGAUACGUAUAUCAAAUAUCUGAUUUAGAAGUGGAAAUCAUAAUGUCAAAAGAUCUUUUCCGUUCUAUUCUGGCGUAGAAGUCGUUUUCAUUUUUAACUACCGUUGCAUCAUCUGCAAAAUAUAAAAUGGUAAUCCCGUUUUCUUUUAUUUUAUAUUUUUUCAUUUUCCGUAAUUUUGUUAUUGCUUGAAUACAAGAGGGCUCAAUAUAUAUUAUACCAUUCCCAGUGGGUAUUAGUUGAAUACUAAACGAUAUUCGGAAAUUACGAAGUCAUAAAAAGAAAGCACGAUAUAUGUCUACCAUAAAACCAAAUAAUUUAAAAGUGGCAUAUAUUACAAUACUCGAGACCAAGAGUCAGUAGAACUUCUGGAACACAUUGUUUUUAGUAUCUAUAAUUAUCUUGACUAUUGCAGUUUUCUAAGUCGGUGUGACAUACAGCGAAACCUGAAUUCCAACUCUUUUAAAUAUUUUUUAUAUUUGACAAGUUAUUCUUCUGUUAGAUUGAAGUUUUGUACUGAUUUCUUUUGAAAUCCACCGCUACUAAAACGGAAGAAAUCGUUACAUAAAAGCAACAGACUAUUCAAUAUUAUCCAUUUUGUAUGUAAGUCUCGACUGACAAGAGAAAACAACCUAGAAAACACAUUUUUUUUAAGUGUAACAAUAUAUAGUGCUCCUGUCAGUUGACCCUUAAAUAUGUAGUAAUUACUCAAACUAUUUUAAUUGUACUGCUUUAAAUUUAGAAUAGUCUGUUAAUAUCGAUUGUUUCAGUACCAGUUUUUUUUCUCAGUGAAAUUUUAGAAAUUUGGGAGAAAAAUCUAAUGUAUUUAUCCAACUACUAGUAGCUUCGUAAUAUUUGUUUACCUACGAUUACAAUGAUCUUAUUAUACGUAGUGAUUUGAUAACAAUCACUACGUUACAAAUCAGCACAGAUUGUGUUAUAAAGUAUAUGUAACUUGAUUACAUAAUGUUUAUUUACAAAUUUACACAUAUCGCUGCCUUAAUUAUUCUCUGUAGCUAAAUUUGAUAUUUAUUUAUUCUUUUAAGAGCAUGAGUUAGCUUAGUAUAAUUACGUUCUACAAUUUUUAUGACACUUUGUGUUACGUACCAGAUACAAGGGAGUGUCAUAUUUUAUUUGAUAUAGAAUACAUCACUCUUAUUUUAAAUUUUUAACCAUUUUAACCGCAAGAGGGUUGUUUAUAUCCUCGUUUAACGCGAGUACGUUGAAGAGGAUUUUUGUUACCGCUAUUUUAAACAAGGUAAAUUAAUUAAUUAAUUAGUGUAAUGUGAUUAAAAGCAGGGUAGGACAAACUAUAUUGAAAGUGUAAUUUUGUCUAAUAUUUAACAUUAUUAAAUUAUUUAUUUUAUUGUAGCUUUUACUGAAAAGUACAUAGGGGAAGUAUGAAAUUGGUUUUAUAGCUGUAUGUAGCUAAAACUAUAUUCUCUUAAAAUUAAAUUCAAAUCAUAGAUUUAUUUAGUUUUGCCCUACGAUCUAUACGUACUAAUAAUAGAUAAAUAUCGAUAAAUGAUACUCAUCGUAAAAGUACCCCGCGCGUCAACAUUUAUACAGUGCUAGUCAAAAGUCCGUCCUCCCCUCGUAUCUUUUGAACGGUUAUACUUAUAAUAGUGAAAUUUGGAGGGAUAUUUGGGAAAUAAACGGACGUAGGAUUCUCAACUAGUCAUGACAGGUGACGUAAUAGUGACAGAUGACUUUACAGCGCAACUGUGACAGAGAUAAUUUUAAAUGGGAUCUUAUGUUAAGUGAUACCUCGUUUGGAAGGUAUUGAAAAUACCUAUUAAGUCAUACUAAUUUUGUUUGAGUUUAAGCUCAUUUUGAAGAAUAAAUAAAAUAAAUAUAAAAUUGUAGUUCGCAUUUACUUAAUAAAAAUUCAAACUGUCGCCUAUGGUUACUUGUCAAAAAGGUUGACGUUGACGUAAAAACUACUAGAAAACUGAAAAACGUCAACUUUUUUGACAAAAAAAAAACGGGCGGACAUUUGAUUUUUUUUAAUUAAAUGCGAAACUACAAUGUUAUAUUUAUUUAAUUUAUUCACCAAAAUCAACUUAAACAAAAACAAUUAGUAUGACUGAAUAGGUAUUUUGAAUACCUUUUAAACGAGGUAUCACUUACCAUAAGGUCCCAUUUAAAAUUAUCGGCCACAGUGGCUCUGUCACUGUUACGUCACCUGUUAUGACUAGUUGAGAAGCCGACGUCUGUUUAUUUCCUCCCUCCAAAUUUGACUAUCUUAAUUAUAACCGUUCAAAAGAUACGAUGGGGAGGGAGACGGACUUUUGACUAACACUGUAUAUAAAAAUGCAAAAUUACAAUUCUUGUGCCAGGCGAAUAUAUAUUUCAGAGCUAUAAAAAGAAGAAGUAUAAAAUCAAACAGCAUUUAAGCACAUUAUUUACAAUGAAAACUGUAUUUAAACGCAGAAACUUAUGAAAAACUAUGACAGGAGCAGUAGCAAAGAUAGAAGCUUAGUAUAAAUAAUAUUCAGUUCAAAAACACUGCACGUUCAAAACGUAAAAAUGAAAAAUUUAUAUAAAGGAAACUAACAAUCGCGUAAAUUAUAGUACAUACACGUCUUUAUGACGGGGUACGCGAGAAAUAACGUAUUUGCGCCCCAUGUUACCGGAUGCCACCGACCGAUGGAACAAUAAGGAGCUUCUUAAUUUUUCGACAACUUGUCUCUGCUAUUGUUACAUUCUCACGAAUUAAGGCCGGCACACUAUGGCCGCCAUUAAGUACGGCCAUUAGGUACGCCCGACAGGUAUGAGGAUCACACAAACUCUUAAGGUAUACCAUACCUGAAGUUUGCCAGUUCACGAUGGAUUCUCCAUAAGAUUACUCUUUCUCUUCGUAUUUUUUGUAUUUUGUGAUGGAAAAAACACAAACAGUGGUGUAAAAAAUGGUUACAGAGAAGAAAUAAAUGUACCCUUAUCAAUCUCCUUGUGAACUAAGACAUGAACCAUUGACUAAUAAUUUUCUGCGCAUGAACGAAUGAGUGUACAACGAGUUAAUAUCACUUGUAUUUACUUUGCCAACGUUUUUACCAAGGUCUCGUGUGCAACAGGCUCCAUUUCCUUCAAUUUAUGCACUAAUUUUCUGUAUGCAGCAUCUUUCUAUUCUCUAUUGUGAUACUCGUUAUCUAUUACUUUCCACAAGCAAGGUUCACUUUUAUAAAUUUCAAUGAAUCUGCCAUGAAAUUCAUCAUUUCGUUGCGACAUGUGUCAAUAUGUACUUAAACUGAUUGUUUUGUUAGGUAAAAUUAAAGGAACACAACAGUAAAAUAAAUUAAAAUUAAGAAGCUCUCAACUAAAAGUGAAAAUUGUCCACAACAAAGGAUUGUUAAAAACUGAGACCUGUUCAGAGACACCUGAUGAAACUGCCACACACAAGUCUACAGGCCCGUCAGGUAGAACUGAUCAAAUUUUCAUCAGGUGUCGAUUGGCUUCAGAUCGCAUGAGAGGCUAGUUAUUCCCCCCACACACACGAUCAGAUACACCUGACAGGCGUAACUGUUCAGGUGUAUCUGAUGUGAGUGGCCGGCCUAAAUCCUGCACAACGAAACUAUCAGAAUUGGCGUUUGCUAUACUUGUUACUUCUUCUUCUUCUCAUAGCACUACAACCCUGACUGUACAACUCGCUUCCAUAGCAUUCGUGGACGUCAAAAGGGUCUUGGGACGUCCACGGACGUCUUUAGGAAGUCGGUAAACAUGGCCAGCCCAUAUUAGACGUUGGGAUUUACUCUCUUGGACUACGUCGCUAGUCUUAUACAUCUGUUUGACCUCAGCCUUUGCUCUCAUUCGGUGUUGGUUACUAUUAGGAUUGUGAUUAGGUCCAAAGAAUCUUCUAAGGAUUUUUCUCUCUCUACCUGUUAGGAUUUUAAAAAUUAGUAAACCUGAGUAUUAGUAAACUCUUUAAAUUUUUGCAUUUUUGAAACCGGAGAGUCCAUAUACUUCUAUACCGUAUUAUUAUACAGGGUGUCCCCGAAAAUAGUGCGUUCCUUUAAGGUAUGGACAUAAUACACAAUUUAGAAGAAAAAAGUCCUAUAACAUUUUUUUCUAAAGUUAACCGUUUCCAAAAAAAAAAAUUAAAUUGUUCGCCAUAUAAGCGAACUUUUAUUUUCAUAAAAUUAACUAAUUUGGCAUCACUGUACAAGAACUGUUUGUGAUUUAGUUUAUUGGCACCACAAAUGUAGGUCAGACAAGUACACCUGCAAAAUAAUUGUACCAUCUCAUGUUUGAAAAUCCAACAAAACAAGAAUUUGUUUGUUUGUUUAGGGUGAAGACAGGGUUUAAUGUAAUACUUAUGGCAAAAUGCUGCAACUAUUUUUGAAUUGUGAUUGUCUAUGUUUGGAUUUUUGUAUACAUAGUUGUCAGAUUUCAAUUUGCAUACCAAAAUGUAUUUUGGUUUUUUAGCCAAACGGUUGCAUUUAGAAAAAAAAUGUUAUAAGACUGUUUUGCUCUACAUGGUGCCUUCUACCUAUACCUUUAAGGAACGCACUAUUUUCGGGGACACCCUGUAUACAGUUAGACCAGUCAGUUAAAGUAAGAAAACAAUAUAGGUAUUAAAACUAUAUUUUUUCUUCCUAGUUUGUUUUCUUACUUUAACUGGCAAUUCUAAGCGUAGAAACAGACGAAACACUCUGCAGCUCUACUCUGUGGAUCACAAAGUGGCUUAAAUAGACCAUUUUGUAGCGCCAAUGAUUUUGUAAUGAAUGCCACAGUGGCGAGGAUCGGAGACAGUGGCCAGCCAUUGUCGUCAGCUACUGUGGCCGAUCCUCGCCACUGUGGCGUCCAUUACAAAAUCAUUGGGGCUACAAAAUCGCCUGUUUAAGCCUCUUUGUGGAUCCACUCAGUAGCGCUGCAGGCUGGCUUAUUUGUUUCCAUUCUAACCGUUCAGGUGUACCUGAUAGUGAGUGGCCGGCCUUAGUUAAAUUGUUAAUACAUAUACCUAUUUAAUUGAUAAGUGGAUAACAUCCGGAAUUUUAUGCUUUAGUAUCAUUUUCCUUAUUUAUUUUUAUUUAAAUUUAUUUAUUUAAAAUAAAUUAUAUAUUUAAUUUGUGUUACCCUGUGACGUUGUUAGGGAUUGUAAUACAGAAAAAAUUAGAAUAGUUGGUAACAAAUAGUCCAAGGUACUGUAACAAUUUUAGAUAAUUUUAAAGAAAUAUUAGUCGAUUUUUCCCCAAUAUUAUGUAUAUUAGGUUUUAAAUUAUAUUAGUGUAACGAUCUCUUUAAAAAAAUCCUUGUAUGAUAAUGUAUAUAUUGUGGUAAUAAUGAUUUUAGUCACUUUGUUGAACAUACAGAGUAAAUAUUAAGUUCUGUUACACAAUCUCUUAUGUCCAAGCAGGGAAUUAUGAAAAGUUAUUUAUGCCGAUUAUUAUUAUUAUCAUUGUAAUUUUAUUUAAAUAAUUUAAAUGAAUACAUUGUAACCCUGCUUUCACAGUAGAGUUUCAUUCCUACUAAGAGUGAAUAUAUUUUAGAUUAAUUGAAAGAACGUGCAAUAUGUACAAAUUUUACUAAUUUACUUUUUUUAUAUAUAUUAAUUAUUAGGUCUGUAUAUCAGGAUAUAUUGAAAGCAGGAUGCUGCGAUAAAAAGUCAGAUUUUGCAGUAAGAAAUUGGUAAUACAAAAGCAAAUUCAGUUGUAAGUUAGCUAAUUUCAGUAAGAUGUUUAAAAUAAAUAUCAUUAACAUCUUGUUCUUAUACUUGGCCUUUUGACGGUGGCUAUUACUCUAGCGUACUCUUUUCUGUUAUCUGCAUAAUAAACCAUUUCCGACACGUUAUUCUGCAUCAAUUUUUACUCUUCCAAUUAUUUUGCGGUUUUAAAUCUCCUUUUUACAUAAUUUAUUUGAGAUAUUCAAUCGAGAAAAAGCUUAAAUACAAGCAAGAACACCGCUUGAUCGUAUUUUUAAUGACAUAUUUAUUGGCUGAAGAGUUAUAAAAUAGAGCUAGAAGGAGUAGGGGCGAGCAUACAUCAGUUCUGUAGGCGAGAAUCAUAUGUUUACCUGCAAUUGUCUAGGCCCGUUUUUUCUUGGCUGUAGAUACAGUCGGAAAAAUGAAAGAUUACCCGUGAACGAUCACAUCAAUCACUUAUUUUGUAUUUGCUGUCUUUUUCUAUAAAUAACAAACGUUUGUUUAACACCGCUUGAUCGUAUUUUUAAUGACACAUUUAUUGGCUGAAGAGUUAUAAAAUAGAGCUAGGAGUAGGGAGUGAGCAUACAUCAGUUCUGUAGGCGAGAAUCAUGAUAUGUUUACCUGCAAUUGUCUAGGCCCGUUUUUUCUUGGCUGUAGAUACAGUCGGAAAGAUGAAAGAUUACCCAUGAACGAUCACAUCAAUCACUUAUUUUGUAUUUGCUGUCUUUUUCUAUAAAUAACAAACGUUUGUUAUAGAAAAAGACAGCAAAUACAAAAUAAGUGAUUGAUGUGAUCGUUCAUGGGUAAUCUUUCAUUUUUCCGACUGUAUAUGUAUAUUAUAAAUAGUUGGUUACCUACAACAGUCUUGUAAAUUAUGGGGCCAUUUAAACUGUAUUAAUAUUUUGUUGUAUAUUUUAGUUUGCCGUUUCUGUAUCUACAAUCCUUUGUAAUUUUUUCUAGUUCCUCAACGUCUUUUUGAGAUAAUAUCUAUACAUAUUUGCAAUAGAAUGAAGUUGUAGUUGUAGUACACUUGUCAAUUAAUUAUUAGUUCAGUGUCCAUUAUUGGAUUUUUACUUAACUAUUACCCAUUUUUUUAUUGUACAGUUGGAUUUUGGGUGAAACUAACCCACUUUAUUUGACGUGAUUUUUGUUUUAUUUAUCGUAUUAUACAGGGUGCACCAAAGAAAACAGUCCACCUCGAUAUUUGGCAGUAGUUAUUAGAUUUUAACGAAAUGCCGAAACAGGUCGAUUUUUUCGGCAUUUCCUUAAAAUCUAAUAACUACUGCCAAAUAUCGAGGUGGACUGUUUUCAUUGGCCCACCCUGUAUACAAAUAAUCAUAAUAGAAAAUCAUUAAAUGGCAGUGUUUAUAGAUCAAGAGUUACUUACAACAGCCAAUUACUUCACCUGGUACUCAAUUUUUUAUAGAACAUCAGACUUUUUAUUUAUACAUCCUGUAGAUUUGUUUACUUUAUACAGAUGAAUACUGAGUGGCAGUAUUAUACAUAGAGCGGGUGGUGAUUUUUUUUAAAAGUCGCCAUCUUAAGUGGUUGAGAAACGUUUAAUAGCCAUAUAAUUCUUUAUUUAUUAUCGGAUAUAGUAGUCAAUGUGCAAACUAAGUGUCAGUAUAACUAUAAUUAUGUUCUCUUUGUAUAUUAGAUGUUAACCAGAGAUCUGUUACUAAAUAUAUUUUUAAGUAGUAGAAUCAGUUUUAUUGUUGACGGUUUGUCACUUAGUCUGCUAUGUCUGUUUAAAUGCAAAGGCUAUUUUAACCUGACUUAGAAUACAAAUAAAUUAUUUAAUUGGCUUCACGUAUUAUUUGAACACCAACAUGUAAUUCAGAUAUUUUUCAAAUUAUUUAUUGAUGUAAAAAGGUUAAUAGUCUUAAAAUUUAUAUGUCGGUUUUGAAAUAGUUUUUGCAUGUACUUUAUAUAGAUAGUUUACUAUUGUACAGAGCCUAUAUUUUAUUUAUGAUGGCUGUUGGACGUUCUUGAGCCUUAUCACAGUUGACCUGCAACAUGACCUGUACCGCAAAUCGAGUGUUGUAUGCAAUGACAUGUUCGAUGAUAUAUUUUGUGCAGUAAACAGUAAAUUAAUAGAUA